AUGCUCGGCCUCCCCUCUCUCUUCCGGCUGCCGUCCAAGCUCCGCCGCCGCGCCCGCCGGCGCCGCAUGGCCACGCUCCUCGGGCUCUGCGCGCUCUGCGCCCUGCUCCUCGUGCCCUUCUACCUCAUCUACAAGCCGCCGCGCUUCGUCAUCCGCUACUUCGCCUACCGCUGGCCCGACGUCCUGUGGGAGGUGACGCUGCCGCCCGACGCGCAGAAGGUCAUCGCCCUGACCAUCGACGACACGCCGUCCGAGUACACGCGCGAGAUCCUCGACGUGCUGCGUGAGAAUGAGGCGCACGCGACCAUGUUUGUCAUUGGUGGGCAGGUGUCCGGUCGCGAGGAGGUCCUGCGGGAGAUAGUCAAGGGCGGGCAUGAGCUGGGGAAUCACGCCAUGCAUGACGAGGCUGCGAGGGGCCUGACGACGGAGGAGCUCGAGGAGCAGAUCUACAAGACCCAGGAAAUGAUACGGGAGGCAUACAAGGCGGAGGGCAAGGACGGGCCGCCGCACCAGUACUUUCGGCCCGGGUCGGGGUUCUUCAGCGACCGCAUGCGGGCUCUGGUCGACAAGCUCGGCUACCGACUUGUGCUGGGUAGUGUUUAUCCGCACGACCCCCAGAUUAGUUAUUGGUGGGUGAACGCUCGGCACAUCUUGAGUAUGGCGCGGCCGGGUGCCAUCAUCAUAUGCCAUGACAGGCGGAGCUGGACAGCACCGAUGCUGCGAAAAGUGCUGCCGGAGCUGAGACAGAGAGGAUAUCGCGUUGUCUCUGUAACAGAGCUACUGAAAGCGGCCAAGAUCUGA